ACCACAUCGACAGUACACAAGGAAAUGCAUUGAUCAAUCUCUACUUAUGUAUACUUCGUUUGUGAUAUUAUUUCGUUAGUGGUGCAUCGACGACUCGUCGAUAACACGUCUGACACAGUAAUGCAGUUUAGAACCGACGUCAGUUUUGCUUCGUGUUUCUUACUUUUCGGCCCAGCUCAUUCUAGAGGGCGUCAAAAAUUGCAUUUCGGGCCGCGAGGUCUCAGGCUGCCACUCUUUAGUAAUCUCUCCUCGGUGCUGAUACUGCCUAUAUUGUAUCUAUGCUGCGGUGGAUCUGGAGGUUCUUAUCUCUGCUACGGUGGAACCGAACAGGGCAGAUCUCUGCAAAAAGGUUCUGGAAUAUACUACAGUGGACCCCUUUCCCGAAAUCCCGAGUUGAUCGCAAGGUGCAGCACUUUCAUUGCGGUUUCACUUGAGAACAAAGAAGUUGACUUUCGAGAAGUCUGUCAAAAUGUGCCAACGGAAAUCUUCCCACACCGGGAUGCGUUUUCUACUACCAUCGAUCAGCGAAGGGCCGGGAGGAGUCGAGCUGAUAUGAAAGAAAAAACGCGGACGCAUGGACAAGGAGAGAAAUCAAUGAUCGAUCUGUAAUUGGAUCGAUCGUGCUUAGAGGGGUGAUGAAUUUGAAUCAAACCCGUGAGCGUGAGGAUCUUGGCGGAGCGUGCGUUCGUCAACGAAGUUUUGAAAUAUCGAAUCGAUUUGAGAAUUGUAUUGGGACUUGAAUUAAAGUUGAUAAAUCCAUGCAUUCAUAUAUUUUUCGUAGACAUUCAUUUUACAUUACCAAAGAUACCAUGCGACCAGGAUGGUUUAACACCCCACGCAUAAUUUACCCAUUUCGCUAUAUAGUUUUCCCAUGGGACAGGUUGGGAAUAUUUUCAUGGGACAGGUUAUUUUGCGCAUGCACAUUGUUUGCAUGCGCAUGCCUAUAUCUUAUCAAUCACUUCACUACUCCUAGUCAGCGGUGGUAUAACUUUUCCCUCGAGGCUCGCUUCCUCUGUUUUUCGCCCGUAUUUCGAUCCCCACUACUAUUCCCCUCAUGCGU